AUGGCGGCCAUAUUCGGGCGCAGCAAGUAUGGCGACUACGGCACUAAUGGCAACGAGGAACUCACUGACCUGUUUCAGAAGCGAGGUCGCAACUUCCUACGUUUCGGUCGUGAUCCUUCACGCAAUUUCCUGAGGUUCGGUCGCUCCGUCGACUGUCAGCAGAGUUCUCUGUUACAUGAUGGCUGCGAUGUGAAAUCCAAGUCCCUGGAAACUUCUGAGCUCUCAACCACACCAGUGCAGCAAAACAUAUCCCACAACAUUAAUUCCUCAGAAUCAGGGAAGAUAACUUCUCAACGCUGGAAGAGAGCUGUUCCAGGUGCAUAUGUAUCACUGCCUUAUUACAGCCCCUCCGCCUGGGCCAGAGAUAUCCGUCCAGAAGAUGAAAUUAUUAACGAAUUCUCUUCUGAGGAUACAAAGGACGUAAACAAACGUGGGUAUAACCGAGGCUUUUUGCGCUUCGGCCGCAACCGCAACUUUCUGAGAUUUGGUAAACGUGAUGAAACUAUCGUAUACCCAGAUUCCUUCUCCUCCUCUGAAACCAGCGAGUCAGUGCUUAAUGUUAGACCUAAGAGAGCGCCCACCAGAAAUUUUAUUAGGUUCGGUUGA